AUGCCUGCAGACGGAGAUGCUGCGGAAACAACACCUCUGCUAGUCGGCGGCCAACUCGCCCCCGACGCCGACACCGAAGCUUCCACUCUCGUAGGCACCGCGUCCGGCUCCGAGUAUGGGGCCGUUGAGAGCACCGGUGAUGGCGCUGCGGAUGCGCCGAAGCCGUUGGACAAGCCUUUCCCGACGCUUCAGAUCUUGUUGCUAUGCUAUGCACGGGUCAUGGAACCUAUCGCGUUCUUCUCCAUCUUUCCCUUUAUCGCCAAGAUGGUGCAGGAGAAUGGCAAUUUACCCAAAAGUGACGUGGGUUUCUACAGUGGUUUGAUUGAGUCGUUGUUUUCGGCUACGCAGAUGGUUGUGCUGCUCAGCUGGAGUCGUCUUGCGGAUCGGAUUGGGCGGAGACCGGUUCUUCUCAUCACUCUUUUCGGCACGGCUGUUGGACCUGUCUUGUUCGGAAUGUCAAAGACAAUCUGGCAGAUGAUCCUCUUUCGAUGUAUGGCUGGUGUCUUUUCAGGCUCGGGUCUUGUUAUCAGGACCAUGAUCUCUGAGCUGAGUACCCCGGAGACGCAGGCGAAGGCGUUCAGUUGGUUUGCCUUUGGCGGAAACGUUGGAAUCUUCUUGGGACCAAUUAUCGGUGGCGCCCUGGCAGAUCCGGCGCAUCAGUGGCCCAGAGCCUUUGGAAAUGUUCAAUUCUUCCUCGACUAUCCCUAUGCACUACAAGGUAUUGUUGUCGGUGCUAUUAGCUCUACAGGCUGCAUCACUAGCUUCUUCCUUCUCAAGGAGACACUCCACGAGCCCAAAGCUUCACACAGCGAAAGCAGCGAUCAGCCAAAGCAAUCAACAUGGGAACUCAUCAAGUCUCCCUCCGUGGCCAUCGCUCUCUGGGCUUACAGCCACGCCAUGUUCCUCGCCUUUGCUUUCACAGCCAUUCUGCCUGUUGUUCUCUACACCCCUAUCGAUCUCGGUGGCACAGGCUUCGACUCGUUCGAGAUCUCCCUAUACAUGGCUGUCCAAGGAGCCAGUCAAGCCUUGUGGCUCCUCUUCGCCUUUCCCCUACUCCAUAAACGCUGGGGUACGCGUGGUGUCAUGAAACUCUGCGGAUACUCAUACCCGUGGUUCUUCGUCGGCUUCGUCAUCAUCAACAUGCUCCUACGCGCACACACGGAUGCCUCUAUGGUUGGCUUCUGGAUAUUAGCCACGGUAGUCACUGUCUUUGGACCCGGUGUCUCCAUGGCCUUCACAGGCGUACAGCUGGCCCUGAACGAUGCUGCGCCAGAUCCUCAUGUCGUAGGCACCUUGAAUGCACUCGCCUUGAGUUUGGCAAGCGGCAUCAGAGCCAUUGUCCCCGGUGUUGCGACAUCUAUUUUCGCUAUUGGUGUUCGAGGCCAGAUCUUCAGGGGUUACCUGGCUUGGGCGGUGCUCAUACCUUUUGCUGCGGCUUUUGCCGUCGUGUGUGAGAAACUUCCUGAGGGGAAGCGACCAGCUCGGAAUAACGAUGAGGAAAACGAAAAUUGA